AAACAGAAUCAUGCGUCUCGCGGCUUUUGAGUUCGAUUCUCAUUUCCCAUCUUUCUUUCUUCUUUGUUCGAACCUCGCUUCAAAAUCAUUCUCUAACCCCCAACUAAAAUGGCGAGAGAUCGUAAUGGCGAGCUAUCUACUAAGAGAGGAAGUUCCGACAACGACGAACCCGGCGAACAAGUAGGAGAAGACAACAGUGCUCCUUCAAAGAGAAUCUCCGGUAAGGAUUCCGAGAAAGAUCGUGAAAAUUCCGGUCCUGAUGCAGACGAAGGACGAAAACGCACCAAAUCAAGAAGAAAAUCGCGGGAAACUCCGGAUUCCGAUGAGAAGCAUGGCAAGAGACGUGGGAGGAGUUCGAGAAGAAAGGGGAAAUCCCGUAGACGAUACAGUACUAGUGAGGAGGAUUCUGAUUCUGAAAAUACUGAAUCUGAUAGCUCGAUGUAUGAUUCGGAUUCGGGGCAUUCGGACUCUGAAUCAGCUUCAAGUAGUUCGGGUUCGGAAGAGGAUAGCGAGAGCGAGGGGGAGAGGAGGAAGAGGAAGAGGAAGGAAAGGAGGAGGAGAAGAGAGAAAGAGAGAGAGCGGAAGAGGAGGAGAAAAGAGAAGGAGAAGAAGAGGAUGAAAAAAGAGAAAGAGGAAGAGAAACGAAGGAAGGAGAAGAAAAAGAAGGAGAAGAAGGAACGAGGAAAGAAAGGGGCAGUGACCAAUUCUUGGGGAAAGUUCGGGAUUAUCAAAGAAACUGAUAUGUGGAACAAGCGACCAGAGUUCACUGCAUGGUUGGCUGAAAUAAAAAAGGUUAACUUGGAAAGCCUAGCUAACUGGGAAGAGAAGCAAAUGUUUAAAGAAUUCAUGGAGGACCAUAACACGGCCACUUUUCCGUCCAAAAAGUACUACAAUCUUGAUGCUUAUUACCAGCGUAAAAUACAAAAAGAUAUGAAGAAAGGCCAAAAAAAGGUUGUGGCAGGGGAACGCACUGUGUUUGAUGAUGAAGAACAGAGGAGGCAAGAACUACUCAUUGAACGUGAAAAGCACAAGGAAGAACAAGUGGAAGUCCUAAAGCGCUCUAUGCAGACAGGAAUGGCACAAGCAAUGAAAGAACAAGCUCGACUCAGGGAGGAGAUGGCUUAUCAAUACAAGCUUGGAAACUUUGAGGCUGCAGCUGCCAUUCAACGAAGAUUGGACCCAGAUGUUGCCCUGUGAGAGAACUGAAAGAAGAGGCUUUAGUUUGCUCGAUUAUUUCGUGUUUGGUACUACAUGGUUCCACUAUCGAGAACUCCUGAAGUUGCCGCAUGUUGUGUUUGAAUUUCCAAACAAAGGGAAGCUCUCCACAAUUCUGCCAACCUUUGUAGUUUUGUAGCAUCCCCAUCCCAGUUCCCAUGGCAGUACAGGAAUGGUUUUGACUUGCUUUUGCCUUUGGAAUAGUAAAGGUAAUUUUGCAUAAAGUCUGUCAUGUUAUGUAUGGUGUAAUAGUCGUUCUCUUUUAUAGUUAGUUCUCUUUUAUAGUUAGCAGUCGAAAUGUGGGUCGUGAAUUUGAGCCUAUGUUGUGCCCACUGUCCUCGGAAAUGGACAGAGAAGAAUUGCAUUUCUAGUAAUAUUUUUUUCUGUCGAGGGUUGAAUAAUGGAUGGAUUGUUAGGGUUCUCUUUAACAAGAACAUAAAGAAUUUUCCUUCAAAGUUACUUCUAGGAGCACUUGAAUUGAGUUGACCUUUUUUUCACCCAAA